AAUAAUUCCACGCGAUUUCUAGCGCGUCCCCCGUCAUUUGCAUCUCGACCCCCCCAAAGGCAACCCCGAUUCCCAAACAAUACAAACCACCACGGCUCUUUAUCCUCUCCCACUUUCCAGUCCGACUGCCUCUCUGGCUGCAACUGCUGCUGGUUUGUGCUGUCGCUAUCCUCCCCUCCCUGCAUCGCCGCCCUGCAAAACCUGCGAUAUGUCAUUCUAACAGCCUUCCCACAUCUCUGCACACCGUCAUUUCAUCCCGCCCGUGUUUGUGUGUGUCCUUUCAACACAAACCCCCGUUGCCGAGCUGCGGCCGCCGAGUGCCUUGCCGCAACCACACGCACACCCCCCCAAUCUUACAACAACUUCGCCCGAUCGGAACCCAUGACCUUGGCUUCGACGCCUGCUGGUCUGAAAUAUCGUCGCCAUGUCUAGCGCAAACAACAGCAUCAAGGUGGUGGCUCGAUUCCGUCCACAGAACAAGGUGGAACUGGCAUCGGGCGGCCAGCCCAUCGUCAGCUUCAAUGGCGAGGAGACCUGUACCCUCGACUCGAAAGAGGCGCAGGGCUCCUUUACAUUCGACCGAGUCUUCGACAUGGAAUGCAAGCAGUCCGACAUUUUCGACUUUUCCAUCCGCUCGACUGUCGACGAUAUUCUCAACGGUUACAAUGGAACCGUCUUUGCCUACGGCCAGACGGGCGCCGGAAAGUCCUACACUAUGAUGGGCUCCAGCAUCGACGACGAAGAGGGCCGCGGUGUCAUCCCCCGCAUCAUCGAGCAGAUCUUCGCCAGCAUCAUGUCCAGCCCUAGCACCAUCGAGUACACGGUACGAGUGAGCUAUAUGGAAAUUUACAUGGAGAGGAUUCGCGACUUGUUGGCGCCUCAGAACGACAACCUCCCCGUACACGAAGAGAAGAACCGUGGCGUCUAUGUCAAGGGUCUCCUCGAGGUAUACGUCUCGAGCGUCCAGGAGGUUUACGAGGUGAUGAGAAGAGGAGGAAAUGCCCGUGCCGUUGCCGCGACCAACAUGAACCAAGAAUCUUCCCGUUCGCAUUCCAUCUUCGUCGUUACCAUUACCCAGAAAAACGUCGAGACCGGAUCGGCAAAGAGUGGUCAGCUUUUCUUGGUCGACUUGGCCGGUAGCGAAAAGGUCGGAAAGACAGGCGCCAGUGGUCAGACUCUCGAGGAGGCCAAGAAGAUCAACAAGAGUUUGAGUGCUCUCGGAAUGGUCAUCAACGCCUUGACAGACGGCAGAUCCUCCCACGUUCCCUACCGAGACUCCAAGUUGACCCGAAUUUUGCAAGAAUCCCUGGGAGGUAACAGUCGCACAACUCUUAUUAUCAAUUGCUCGCCCAGCAGUUACAACGACGCCGAAACCCUCAGCACUCUACGGUUCGGCACCCGUGCCAAGGCGAUCAAGAACAAGGCCAAGGUCAACGCCGAGCUCAGUCCUGCCGAGCUCAAGGCCCUGCUUGGCAAGGCUCGAGGCCAAAUCUCGACCUUUGAGACGUACAUCUCCAACUUGGAGGGCGAGGUCCAGCUGUGGCGUGCUGGCGAGUCUGUGCCCAGGGAUAAGUGGGUGUCUUCCCUAUCUGCGGAUGGCGUCGCAGGAGCCAAGGCGGAAGCGAAGGCGCCCCGUCCUUCGACCCCAUCCCGCCUGCUGCCCGAAAGCAGAUCUGAGACGCCAGCAAUUUCGGAGCGCUCGGGAACACCGAGCUUGCCUCUGGAUAAGGAUGAGCGUGACGAGUUCCUGCGGCGCGAGAACGAGCUCCAAGAUCAGCUCGCCGAGAAGGAGAGCCAGUACAACACGACGGAAAAGGUUCUUCGUGAGACCAAGGAGGAACUAACCUAUCUCAAGGAGCACGAUGCCAAGACUGGCAAGGAAAACGAGAAGCUCCACGCCGAGGUGAACGAAGUCAAGAUGCAACUCGAGCGCCUGAACUUCGAGGGCAAGGAGGCACUGAUCACUAUGGACGCGCUCAAGGAGCAGAACGCCGAGCUGACGACAGAGCUCGACGAGGUCAAGCAGCAACUUCUUGACGUUAAGAUGAGUGCCAAGGAGACGAGCGCGGUUCUUGACGAGAAGGAAAAGAAAAAGGCGGAGAAGAUGGCCAAGAUGAUGGCCGGUUUCGAUCUCGGUGCCGAUGUGUUCAGCGACAACGAAAAGGCAAUCUCUGAGGCUAUUGCCCAACUGGAAGCUUUGCACGAAGUCAGCUCCACCGGCGACAUCGUCAACCCCGACGACCUUGUGGCGCUCAAGUCGCGUUUCGUUGAGAUACAGGGAAUCGUGAGACAGGCCGAGUUGUCCGUCUACAGCGCUUCCUCAAACGAGGCAGAUGCCCGACGCAGGGCUGAGCUCGAGGAUCGCCUGCAGUCCCUCCAGCAGGAGUACGAGGAGCUUCUCACCCGCAACCUGGGUGAGAAUGACGUUGAGGAGAUAAAAUCCCGCCUGGAGAGCGCCUACUCCAACAAGCAGACCACCUCCAUGGAGCUCGUGGAUGAGCUCAAGGCCGAGAUCGCGCAGAAGGCUGCCGAGAACUCCAAGAUGAGGACCCUUAUCGAGGACCUCCAACAAAGAGUCAAGGCCGGCACUGCCGCACCCAUGGCCAACGGCAAGUCCAUCCAGCAACAGAUUGCCGAAUUCGACAUCAUGAAGAAGAGCCUCAUGCGCGAUCUUCAGAACCGCUGUGAGCGCGUGGUUGAGCUCGAGAUCUCGCUCGACGAGACGAGGGAGCAAUAUAACAACGUGCUCCGGUCAUCCAACAACCGGGCUCAGCAGAAGAAGAUGGCCUUCCUCGAGAGGAACCUCGAACAGCUGACCCAGGUUCAGCGCCAACUCGUCGAGCAAAACUCGGCGCUCAAGAAGGAAGUGGCCAUUGCCGAGCGCAAGCUCAUUGCUCGCAACGAGCGCAUCCAGAGCCUCGAGAGCCUGCUACAGGAUAGCCAGGAGAAGAUGGCAUCUGCAAACCACAAAUUUGAAGUCCAGCUCGCCGCUGUCAAGGAGAGGCUGGAGGCUGCCAAGGCUGGCAGUACCCGUGGCCUGAACUCCCCCUCGCUUGGUGGAUUCAGCUUCACCAACGCCGGCAGCCGCAUUGCCAAGCCCCUUCGUGGCGGUGGUGUUGACAACCAGGGACCCUCUAUCCCCGUUAUCAACAGCAUUCAGCAGAAUGAGGGUGGUGCUGGCAAGCGCAGCAGUUGGUUCUUCUCCCAAAAGUCUUAGAUGGCCUCGUACCCCUCUUACCACUGAGCCCCUGUUCUCCUGAUAUCGGAUUACCGUUUCAAGCAGGAAACGCAAGCUCUUUUAUCCAAUAGAUAUGGCAAAGCAUGCGAUAGAAAACAGCUUGGUGCGGACUAGACCGCUAUACCCCUGGUGUGCUGAUUCCAGUGGCAGCAGUUUCUUUCAUCCUUGUCACCAAAGUUCCCUGCGGCAUUUGUCUUGCAGAGACCCUCUUUCCUUUUGCUUCAUCCAUUAUGCUGGAAGACAGAGAUCAGUUGAGUAGAACAGCAAAUACUCACGUGCAGACUUGAAUGAUUUGGAACACAGACUGGGAGAGGAAAAGGCGCAUUCUUUGAUGUCGAGCUUUCCUUUUGCCUCUUUUCAGCUGGGUCUGUGUUGUCCUUGGAUUUUGCUUUGCCAGCAGUUUCUGGGCGGUCUUUGGCAACUUCUUUUGGCCAAAGGGGAGAGGAAUGGGUUGUGGGGUAGCGUGGAAGGUGGAUGGGUGGAUGCAUUUAUGGAGAGGGUGUUCCCACAUGACCAAAGGGUAUUUGAUGACAGAGUCAUCGGGUACGUUGAUGACGAGGCAUGGAUUGGGCAGAGAGAAGGAGCAGAAGGCGACAAUGGGACGAUGAGAAGAACAGCCGAUUGACAUGCGUGUUGCCGCUGAU